AUGAAACUGCGGAUUUCAGGAGUGGAACAGGUAUCGCUAUGUGUUAAAUAUAUCAACUCAAACACAUUAAAACUUACUGAAGAAUUUUUACAAUUUGUACCAACUAAUGCUAUGACUGGUAAAGGAAUAGCAAAUUUAAUCCUAAAAAAUCUUAAACAAUUUGGUAUCAAUACUCAAUAUUUACGUGGGCAAGGAUAUGACGGGGCAGCUGCAAUGGCCGGAAAAUUGAAUGGUGUCCAGGCUCACAUUAAAGAAAUUCACCUAAAUGCUCUAUAUGUUCAUUGUUCAGCCCACUCGUUAAAUUUAGCUGUUUCUAAAUCCUGUAGUGUACCAGCCAUACGCAAUUGUCUUGGGACAAUAAGUCAAAUCAGAGAUUUUUUUAUUUAUCCAAAGCGGGAGUCGUUUCUAAUUCAAAAAAUAGAAAACUCGUCAGAAACACCAUCUAAAAAAACGCUUAAAAGAAGUUGCGAGACUCGUUGGAUUGAGAGAUACCACGCCGUUAAUGACUUUUUAGAACUCUUUGAGUAUGUUGAAGAAGCUUUGGAAGAUAUUUCUGACUUAGAAUCUCUAUGUUAAAUUCCAAAUUUAUUAUUUGCUUGUUUGUUUUGAAUAAAGUAUUUGCAUUAGGUUUAGUCUUAACAAAAGUUCUCCAGCAAACAAGUAUAGAUCUCAAAGAAGCUAUGCCAUUAGCACUAAACACAAAACAAGAACUUAAAGAGAUAAGAUUGAAUGCUGAAAAAGAAUUUGGAGACAUUUUUGAACGUGUAAAUUCACUGGCUGAGAAAAUUGACAUUGCGAUAAACAAGCCAAGAAUAUCAAAAAGACAAACCAACAGGUGUAACAUUCAAACAAACGAUCCAGAAAUAUUUUAUCGAGUAUCAGUAUUUAUUCCAUACAUAGACAAAUUCAUUAAUGAAUUGGAAGAAAGAUUUACAAAUCAUCAAAGUACAUUGACAAGCUUCCAUUCCUUAUUUACAGAAAGUGGUUAUGAAGAGGUUUUUAUAUCUCUUACAAAACAGUAUAGUGAAGGUCUGGAAGAUAUUGGAAAUUGUGAUGAGGUAUUCAAAAAUGAGUUCAAACUUUGGCAACGAUAA